AUGAGCGAUUCUAUGACAACAGAAGAGAUGCGUGUGGCGUUAGAUGGCCGUAAAGCUCUGGUCGAUGAAUUUCUGAAGGAGCUAGGCGAAACCGAACCGCUUGUCAAUCGGUCGGAGUGCGAGAGGGAAAUAGAGAAACUCCUUGAGAACGAGUGUCGUCUCGAUAGAGAUAUCAAGAAAUAUUACAGGAUCCUCGAGAAGCAGGCGGCCGCGGCAGAGGAAUUUAUCAGUAAGAUGAAGGACGACUCUGGGCAGAUCGAACGUGACAGGCUGCUCGCCCACUUGGAUAGUCUAACCCAGCCCAUCUUUGGGCAUGCUCUCCUUGUGGUGGCUGCAAAGGAGAAAGACCUCGACUUCAUUCAUAACCUAUCGGCGGAACAUCGGGAGGCACUUGGCAUUCUUGAUCGCAGGGCUGUCGAAGACCGUCUGUCCUAUGAGAUCGCAGAGAAUAACGAGGUGUUGACGAAGCAGAACCAAGAGCUAAUCAAGAGCAACCGCCUCACCAAUGAUCUGUUCGACCAGAUAACGAAGAAAAUUGAUGAAACCCUCGGAUUGACGAACAAACUCGAAAAGGCGGAGUACCGCCUAUCAGAGCUGAACCGGCGCGUCCCCAGCUAG